GCCAUUUCUUACAGAGACUUUGAUUCUCUCUCCAAGGAUGAUGUCUACGAGAACAACCGUUUGGCCUUUGAAUUGGCAGAGCGGGAGCUGGGCAUCCCAGCCCUCCUAGAUCCCAAUGACAUGGUCUCCAUGAAAGUCCCUGACUGCCUCAGCAUCAUGACCUACGUGUCCCAGUAUUACAACCAUUUCAACAACCCCAGCCAAGGCACAGAAGUGUCAGGAGCGGCAAGUCCCGUCCUGUGUCACAAGGCUGGAGCCAGAGUGCCGCCGCCUAUGAAGCGCCCAGCGGCGGCCGUGUCGCCUCCUCUGCUGGCCCACAAGAAGCCUGUGGCUGAGAGUCCCCCGGCACCACAGGAGGAGGCCGCCGCGGAGGCAGCGGAGCCGUCCCGGCGCCCCGCGCCCAGCAGCACGUGCGCGGCCUGCCAGCAGCACGUCCACCUGGUGCAGCGCUACCUGGCAGAGGGCCGGCUCUACCACCGCCAGUGCUUCAGGUGCAAGGAGUGCUCCAGCACGCUGCUGCCCGGCUCCUACAAGGCCGGCGCCGAGGCCGGCACUUUCGUGUGCACGCAGCACCGGGGGAAGCCGCCGGCGAGCGGGAAGGCGGGCGGGAGGCCYGGCCCGGAGCUGCCGUCGCCGGAGCCCAGAACCGAGUCCGGUGGCGCCGGUGCCGCCGCAGCGCCCGUAGGAGCGGCGCUGGGGAAGGACAGCGACGGCUGCGCCGCGGACGCCGCCGAGAGCCCGGCGGCUGCAGCGGAGGCGUCGGGCCCCACGGAGCGGGAGAGCGCGCCCAGCGAAGCCGAGACGCCGCCGGCGCACGYGGGAAGCGGGACGUCCCCCUGCCACACUCCUCCCAGGCCUCCUCUUCCCAGCAAGCCCUCCGUGCCCAGCCAGGACAAAGCCGGCUCGCUGGACGGACGGCUCAGAGACGCUCGGCCGACCCCUGCGCCAAGACGGGCCGCGGAUCCGUCAGCCCUCUCCCCUCCAACCUCGCACCCUGUGCCCCGGCCCAGAUCCACCGUGCAGAGCGAGGCCAGCGAGGGUGGGCCUGCCGUGGUGAACGGUAGGGUACCUGAGCCCAGUCCCCCCGUCCCAAAACCCCGAGGGAGACCCUGCUCCUCUGAUCGCACUGCAGCUGCUGCAAAAGCCAAGGACCCACCAUGGAUGGCUCUAGUGCAAGCAGAGCCCAAGAAGAAGCCAGCUCCUCCUCCUCCCCCUGGCAGCAGCCAUGAGACUCCAAGCAGGACUACAGAGGAGGAGGAUGGGGAGGAGGUGGGGAAAGCCGGGAGUGAGGAAACCAGGCCUGAUGUUGCAGAGCCCAAACCGUACAAUCCCUUUGAGGAGGAAGAGGAGGAGGAAGAGGAGAACGCUGCCACCCCAAAGAGCACCCCUGAGCAGGAGCAGAGCGACGCUGCRGCCAGGCCCCUCCAUCCCUGGUACGGCAUCACGCCGACCAGCAGCCCGAAGGCCAAGAAGCGACCAGCUCCGCGAGCCCCCAGUGCCUCCCCGCUAGCCCACCACCCCAUCUCCAGGCUGUCGCACUCCGAGCCAUCAUCCUCCACCCCAUCUCCAGCCCUCAGCCUCGAGAGCAUCAACUCUGAGAGUUCAGCCAAGGUGCUGGGUGACACUGAUGAGGCCUUAGUGCCCAAAAGCUCCUCCGAGCCCACUGUGCACACGCCGACGGCUGCCAAGACCUCUAGCACUGAACCGCCGCUGGCCAGUGUCUCCUCCAGUGAGAGCCCUGCUGCCCCAGGCAGCCUCUCCACCAACUCCUCCUUCUCCUCCUCCAGCGAGCUGACCAGCCUCAGUGGGGAGGCACAGCCCAGCGCCCCACAUGCAGACAGGAGUGUCUCUGCUGGCAGCUUGAAGACCAGCCCCAGCCGGCUGCCUCCCAAGCCUCCUGCUGGGGCUAGUCCUACACCCACCCUUUUGGCUUCGGAUGGGGGUGCUGUGAAUCCUCAGGCACCCUCCUCACCCAAGCCCCAGCUGAAGUCGUCCUGCAAAGAGAACCCCUUCAACAGGAAGCCUUCGCCCGCUGCCUCUCCCUCUGCAAAGAAGCCUCCCAAGGGCUCCAAGCCAGUGCGUCCUCCUGCGCCAGGUCACGGCUUCCCACUGAUCAAACGCAAGGUGCAAACAGAUCAGUACAUCCCUGAGGAAGACAUCUAUGGGGAGAUGGAUGCCAUUGAACAUCAGCUUGACCAGCUGGAGCACCGUGGCGUGGCUUUGGAGGAGAAGCUUCGCAGUGCUGAGAACGACAGUCCUGAGGACAGCCUGCUGGUGGACUGGUUCAAACUCAUCCACGAGAAGCACAUGCUGGUGCGCCACGAGUCGGAGCUCAUCUACAUCUUCAAGCAGCAGAACCUGGAGCAGCGGCAGUCAGACGUGGAGUAUGAACUGCGGUGCCUCCUGAACAAGCCAGAGAAGGACUGGACCGAUGAAGACCGAGUGAGGGAGAAGGUGCUGAUGCAGGAGCUGGUGACCAUCAUCGAGCAGAGGAACGCCAUCGUGAACUGCCUGGAUGAGGACCGGCAGAGGGAAGAGGAGGAGGAUAAAAUGCUAGAAGCCAUGAUUAAAAAGAAAGAAUUUCACAAGGAGGCCGAGGUCGAGAGCAAGAAGAAGGGCAAGUUCAAGCCCAUGAAGGUGCUGAAGCUGCUGGGCAACAAGCACGACUCCAAGAGCAAGUCGCCCAAGGAGAAGAGCUAGAGCGGGGCAGCGCCAGCCACAGGRGGGCUGCGCUGGGCUCAGCGGGAAGGGGCUCCUGCCCCUCCGCUUCCCGCCUGUCUCUCCAGAGGCUYUCCYGGCGCUCYCUCCCGGCAGCUGCGGGAAGUCGGAG